AUGGCCUCACGCCAAGAUAAGGCCUGGACAUAUCGGGUGGAAAACAUUCCUUACGACACCACAGUAGAACAGCUCAUCGAGCGGCACUUCUUCUCUGAAGAUCAGAAUCACCUAUCAGUCAAAUCCAUCUUCCCCUCGGUAGACGCCAUCGAGGGAGAAGAGGAGAACUUCGAGCUCACGGCCACAGUCCUGUUCAAACCUCCAACGCCUCGGCCGGAAGGUCUACGUGUACCUCCAUCGAGUGAUAUCACAGUCAGCAAACAGUUUCAAGGAUUUACUCCGCUCUAUGUCCCGCCAGCUGACACUAAAAUCGAUGCAGAUGUCAUUGCUAUUACAGGGCUCGCUGGACAUGCCUACGGCUCAUGGGCAUGGAGCGAGGAAAGGAUGUGGCUCCGAGACGACUUGAAGAAAGAUGUCGCCAACGCGCGGAUUCUGACGUACGGCUACGAUUCCGAGUGCGAGAACCGCCCCAUCAUAUUCAUUGGCCAUAGCUUGGGUUGCUUGAUAAUCAAAAAGGUUAUGAUAGAGGCAUGGGAAAAGGGCAUUCAUGGCGCACGGCUUCCAGUCAGAGCCAUUGUUUUCUUAGCCGCACCUCAUCGGGGCCUGGAUGUGCAAGCUUUGCAAAGCCUCGUCAAACAGACGCCCUCUAAACAACUUGUGAGCGAGUUAGAGAGAAACUCCCCCACUCUUCGGGAUCUGAACUCCAGAUUCCGGCGGUUUGGAGACGAAAUUGAUAUUCUCACAUGUUACGAGAUGAAACAAACUAAGACAGUCAUGGAGACGGAAGACGGCUCUUGGGUUCGGAAAGGCAAGUACGUCACGAUGGUCGAUCAGGAAUCGGCAACUCUUUCCUACCCCAGAGAGAAAGCCAAGGGAGUUGCAGAGGACCAUUCCAAAAUCGCGAAGAUUCGGCGAACCCAAGGUGGGAUUUAUCCCAACAUCAGGUCGGCUAUUAAGCGCGCUCUUCGCCCCACUGUGACAGUGGCGGAUGAACACCAGACUAGCUCGCUGCGAGCUCAAGAACCGACGCACGGGCAGGCCGCAGUGCCAUGGGCCUCGCCGUACCAUCACGGCGAGCUGUAUUCACAGGCCCACCCUCUUGAAGCAACAUCGUCCUCGAUGUACCGUCACGGUGAAGCGGGAGGCCUUCAUGUGAUUGGAACGCCUUACAGACCGACAACACCUUCCCAGACAUGGCCCCGGCAUCUUACCGAAGUACCUAUGCAGAUGUCGCACAGAUUUUCGACAGCAAACCUAGCUCGCAGUCUGUCGGACGGCACUUUGGUCUCGCUGGAGCCACCUCAGGCCUUCCUUGCUGGUGGUUACAGUCGAAGCUCUACACCACAGCCACCACAGCCCCCAACGCGGUCGCAGUCCCAGCCAGAGCCCUUGGCAGUGCCAACAUUAGAACCGUCAGAGCCGGAGCUGAAGCUGAACAUGAUGGCAAAAUCGGUUUCAGAACAAGAACUGGAGUCCAAUUCGGGAGCGGAGUCUGAGACAGGGCCGGAGGUGACACCAGCGCCCCAAUCCAGACCAGAGCCGGAGAUGAAGGUUGCGAUGCCCUGGGAAGAACUCUCGGCAACUAGCACAGAGCCGAAGGUACAGCCGAGAGCAGAGCUCGACCCACAGCAAGAUAUAAGACCAUACCCAGAGUGUUCCGAAGCGAUCUCAGAUCCGGACUCUCGGCCAAGCUCUGAGGAGAUGGACAGACAAUUGGAGGAGAAGCGCAAGAAGAAGGCCGCGCUCGCCGAAGCCAAGGAGAAGGAGUCUAAGCUCGCUGCCCAGAGAGCAGAGAUCGAGGCUACUCGUCAGCGCACGUUGGAGCUCCAACGCCAGCUCGAAGCUUUGAAUGACGAUGAUGACUCCUCGGACGACGAAGACGGUCCAAGAGCCUAG